UGUGUGUGUGUGUGUGUGUGUGUUGUGUGUGUGAAAUACAUCUGAAAAGGAAUCAAGCACAUGCAACAAUAAAAACAUACAAUGACAGUUUUACACAUAUACACAAAUAAUUCCCAUGUAACAUUUACUUGUUUUUGUUUUAGCUUUUGUAUUAAGGCAAAUUAAAGGCCAGUCAAUUUUAUAUGUAUAACACUAAUAAUUUAAUUGAAGGUUUGAUACAAGUAAAGGGUGAAUAAAUUGUGAUAGAAUUUUUGUUUUGGGUGAACUAUCUCUUUAACGCACACUGAUCCGAACAUACGCGUUCGCGCCGUAGUGUAAUGAUGACACUUGUCGGCCACCGUAGACGUAUACGAACACAACCACAUGUGUAACUUAAUAUGAUUCAUUUAAACUUAAUCGGACUAAAAUCAUCUGAUGGUUCUGGCAAAAAGGUAAACAAAUACAUUUUCUCUGAUGCCAGCGACGGUCAAAUAAGCUGAAUAUGAGGGAGUAUCGUUCGCCUGCUGUCUGGAAGUGCUGAAUCAGACUUUACUCUCGUAGGGAAGCAGCUGACAGAUUAGGAGAAAACAUGGACAUUGCUUUGUUUUUUUCAAUAAUCCCGAUACUUCAGAUAAUAGUAACGUUAUAAGGUGCGAAGGUCGGUCAUAUAUUUUCCUUCUGCCGUGUUCAAAAACCCCAGUUCCUAUUAUCAUAUAAUUCCACUUCAUUCUCGUGUUUUUAAGUGAUAGCUUGUUUUGUCUGCUGAGUCAUGUCCUCGUCUCCCGAGCUGCGGAGUGUGUUCACUCUGUGUGGCGACCAGACGGUGUCUUGUGGGCUGAGGGAAGUGUCUGCCCUGCUGGACCAGACUGACCCUCCACAGCCUAUCCCAUACACCGAAGAUGCUGUACCGAGGAAGACCAUGUCUGCUGGUGAGGUGUCGGACAGGAUGUUCUGCCAUGCAUGUCAGUGCCCUUUUGAGAGUCGCGAGGAGCAGAUGGAGCACUAUAAACUUGACUGGCACCGCUUCAACCUGAGACAACGGCUGGAAGGAAGAUCAGCGGUCACAGUGGAGGAGUUUGAGAAGAAAACUGGCACAGGUGACAUCUCAAGUAUUUCAGGCUCAGACAGUUCGGAUAGUGAGGAUGGCGACCUUGGAGAUGAAGUGGCCCCUGUGCAGACGGACUGUGCUCUGGACACAGAUCAGCCUCAGAGUCGACUUUCUGCCAAAGUUGUCUUCCAAAACGCAGAGGGCCAGUUCCUGUCACUGUAUCGCUGCAUUCUGCAAAGCAAAAAAGACAACGAAGAAGACUUGGUUUCUUCUUUACUGAAAAUCUCCAAUAACACUGUUUGGGUUAUUCUGAUGACUGGUGGGGGACACUUUGCUGGAGCAGUUUUUAAGGGAAAAGAGAUUCUGCAGCACAAGACCUUCCACCGGUACACUGUGAGAGCGAAGCGAGGGACGGCGCAGGGACUGAGGGACUCGCAGAACCGCAGCCACACGCCCAAAUCUGCAGGUGCAGCUCUUAGGAGAUACAAUGAGGCAGCGCUCCACAAGGAUAUUCAUGACCUUCUGGAAAGCUGGGUUGAUUAUUUGAAGGAGGCCAGUGCCAUCUUCCUACGAGCACCAAGUUACAACAAGACCAUAUUUUUUGGAGGUCGUGGAGCACCGUUGGACAAAAAAGAUCAGCGAAUGCGCAUACUUCCUUUUGCCACACGUAGAGCCACAUUUAGUGAAGUAAAGCGUGUCUUUGACCUGCUCUCGACCCUACAUGUUUAUCAAAAAGAGACUGAAAUCUCCAGUAUUCUUAGUCCAUCAAGGAGAUUGUGGAAGAAGAAAACUCCUAAACCUGUUAGUCAUCCAGUACCAAACACUAAUGUGCCAGCAGAGGGAGAAGAUGCUAAAGAAGAAAGUUCAGGAGAAGAUGAUUCAGGAACACUAGAGACUGUGGAGGUGACGCUGGGAACUUUGGUCCUGAGAGAACACGAGAUCUAUCCUAAUAAGAAGAAAAGGAGGAAGCGGAAAGAGAAAAGAGAAGACUCAAGCAGUCGAGAAACAAAUGAAGAUAAGGCAGAUGAUGAAAAUAUGGACGAAGGUGAACUGGAAGUUGAAAGUGACUCUAAAGAGAUGCAGAGGAAGUCAAGGGGCAGAAGGAAACCCAAAGGCAAAAAACCUCAGCCUGAAGAGGAUGAAGUGGAUGAGUCUUGGGAGUACAGUUUAAGGGAUGCUCUCUACACUGCCUGUAAAACUGGAGACAUCCAGUCAUUGCGCAGCCUCCUUCAUCUACCGGAGGACGAAGAGAGCAGAAGAGAGAGAACCACUGAAGAAGAUCCUGCUUCACAGAGUUCAGAUCUUCUCAACAAGCCCAUAGACUCAGCAGGCUUCACUUUACUGCACGUGGCUUCAGCAGCCGGACAGAAGUCUGUCAUCAGACUGCUAAUGGAUGCAGGGAGUGAUCCGGCCAACAAGACUAAAAAAGGACAGACUCCAUAUGGUGUCGCUCCUGAAAAGGAUACAAGAAACGUGUUUAGAAAAUACAUGGCUGAACACCCUCAUAAAUAUGACUACACAAAAGCACAGGUUCCUGGACCGCUAACCGAAGAUAUAGAGUCCAAAAAAGCAGAAAAGAAGAAAGCCCAAAAAGCAGCACGCAAGCAAAAAGAGAAAGAGCAAAAAGAAGAGAAAGUAAAGAAACAGCAAGAAGAGGAGGAAAAGAAGAGGUUCACAGCUCUCAGUGACAGAGAAAAGCGAGCUUUGGCUGCAGAGAGGAGAUUGGCUGAACAUCUGGCCACGACUGGAGGAGCACUAAACAACAUAAGGAGAUGUUUUCUGUGUGGAGAGUCGUUGCUGGGGAAGAUUCCUUUUGAAUAUCUGGAUUACUCUUUCUGCACGCCUCGCUGUGUUCAAGCCCACCGUAAAGCCAAUGCUGCAGCGCGGCCCUGACCUCUCAUGUCCCCACACACACAGCAGAGGUACUAUUGAUCAAACGAAGGUGCAUUACUAUAUUCUGGACACAUUUCACCUCAGUUGACUGUUAGUUUUACUGUUAAUAUAUGAUGGAUUUCUCACAGUUGGCUUGGACAAAGAAGAGACUAUAAAAAUGACUUAAUGGAGAAUUAUUAAUAAAUCAUGAAUGUUGAUGAGCACACAAUAGGCAUAUAUUAGAGUAAACCAUGUCAGUGGCUAGUAUCUGUUGUUUAGCAUGUUUUUAACUUUUCAGACCAACCACUGUGAUUCUAUAAAUCUAAAUCUCCAUUUACACAUGAAAUAAGAAAAACAAUUAAAAAUAAUGCAGAACUGUAAAA